CAUCAGCAUGCCAGGCAGGCACAGACAUGCAGCGGUGGUGGUGGUGGUGGUGGUGGUGGUGUGUAGCCACUGUCCAGGGGGCACCGCACCACCUGUGCAGGUGUGUACUGUGUGGUGGCGUGUGUCAGGGUGAUAGGGGUGUUGCGGGGCAGCCGCGCCGUUCCCCGUGGCCAGGGUGUCCCACAGGUGAGGCAGAAAGACCUUCCCCAGCAGGGUGAGCCGCGGCAGGAGGUGUACACAGAUACUGUUACCUCACCUACAUGUGUGUGCAUCUGCUGUGUUCCGGCCAGACCCCCUCCCUCUCCCCCUCCCCCGACACCACCGCGGCACAUCCUUUCCCUGACUCACGCACACCAGGGAGGGGAGGGGAGGGGAGGGGAGACGCUGUCCACCCGCUGCUGGACAGGGAAAUGACGCAUAAGGUGCGUUAGGAUGGCGGGGUGCCCCGCCACGGUGGGGGCGCAGACCCCGCAGGUGGAUGGGUGCGGGCGGGAGCAGCAGAUUACACCACGUUGUGGCGGGAAGGGGGGAUAGGGGUGGGACUGUGGUUGAGGGAGGGGCGUGAGUGGCCUGGAGUCAGGAGUGUCUGUGGCGAGCCGGGGGCUGGCGGCGGGGGGCGGCGCGGCGGUCAGCACAGGCAGCAGCAGCACCACCAGCAGUCUUCCAGUCCCCGCCGCGCCGUGCACACCGCCCUCCAACUCCGUGCCGCCACAGAAGGCAGAGUGUCGCCGCGUCGCGCCGCGCUGAGUGCCGCAGUGCCGCCGCCCACCCACACAGUGCCAAGUAGCGAGGCGGCCCCGCGCCCCUCAGCCCGCCCCGCCCCGCCCCGACAUGGCCCUCACUGCCCUGCUGCCGCCGCCCGGCGCCGCCUUCCUGCCCCUGCACCAGCCCAUCAUGCAGCUGCCCAUGCCGCGCCCCAGGGCCUACCGAGGCUUCACCACUGACAGGCUGGUGACGCCGCGCCACCCCCUGCCACACGCCGCCGCCCUGGCUGACCGCCGUCUCCACGACCUGCUGGCACAACGAGACCCGCCCGGCCUGCCCGUCCCCGCUGCCGCCACCACCACAAUCGCCACCACCUCCACCACCACGCCCGCCUCUACCACACCCAUCUCCUCCACCAGCGUCACCACCGCGGCGCCCACCACCUUUGUGCGAGGCACGUCGAGGCGGAGUGCGGCGCCGCGCUUCGUGAGUCAGUUCCACUCUGGGCCGCUGCAGUCCCGCAAAGGCGGCGACCACGGGGACGACGACGGCGUGGUGCUGUUGGUGGGGCUGUUCAACCUGCUGGCGGUGGUGGUGUAUGCCGCGCACCGCCACCUGCGCGCCGCGCCGCAUGCACUGUCUGAGCGGGUGAUCCAGUGGCAGGUGCAGAAGGUGCUGGACGAGCUGGUGAUCAAAGUGCACAGUUCCAGCUACGCCGCCAACCUGCUGUCCCGCGCCAUGCCCAGCCACGCACCCCUCACACACCAGCACGCCCGCGCCGCCCACCAAGACACGCCCUGGUACUUGCUGCUGCUACGGCAGGCCAGAGCGCUGCUGCUGCACCAAGACCCCAAGGCGGGCCGCUGGUUGCAGGACGCUCGCCGCCGCCUCAUGCAGGACGUGGCCGCCUCGCCCGCCGCCCUGCAAGCCACCACACUGCGCCCAGAGAUGUAUGCCCCCAUACGCGCCCUUUAUACCGCCCUCGCCACCGGCCGCGCCGCCACCGCCCUGGAGGACGUCCUGGCGGCGGCGGAGGGCGGACAGAGCCGCGCCCUGGAGGGCCGAACGCCGCACCUCGCCGUCCUGCUGGACAGCCUGGCGCACCUCCAGGCCCCGCAGCUGCGUUCCCUCCUCGCCACCCUCACUGCUCUCGGCCGCGCCCAGCAGCGAGUCGACGUUCUGCCACGCCUCUCCUCGCUGCUUGGCAGCGUGGCCCCCGCCGUGCCCAUCAAGGUGCGGGCACGGAGGGCCACGGGUGAGCGCGGGGCGCGGCGGGGGCGGCGCAUCAUGCGGCGGCAGGGCAAGGUGGUGGAGGACGGCGCCGGCCACUGGACAGACCGCUGGUUCUCACUGGUGACCAAGGCGGCGCCCGUGGGCCUCGACCUCACCACGCUGUACGCCAGGGCGCGGGCACGCCCCACCUGUCUCAGGGCCCUGCUCUGCCGCGCCAACAACGCCUGGCGCCAGGUGGGCCCCAUGCAGGCAGCCCUCACGCCCUUCACCAGCGUCGCCCUAAGCUGGCUACUAGAGGACACAGCGCCACACUCCCUAGGCGACUCCCUCAUUGCCAUCCGGGCCGGCUGGAUGGGUAAGCCGUGUGGCAGCCUCUACCCUGAGUGCCGCCUCACACCCGACCCACACCCAGCUGCCAAGGAGGCCAUCACAUUCUUCUCCAGAUUACAAUUCGCUGCCACACAACCCAAGGAAGAGGCCGCCCCACCACCCCCCACCCUCCCCAACGCACAACAACAACAACAACAACAACAACAACAAGGAGGAGGAGGAGGAGGAGAUGAAGAGGGCUUAAAUACAGUAUUCAUAGGAGAAGAUGUAAACACAGAAUAUUUAGGAGGAGGAGGAGGAGGAGGAGGAGGAGGAGGAGACACAGAGGAGGACGUCAACACCACUUCCUUCAACCUGUACUACACCAGAUAUGGCGGAAAAGGCCCCAUGACAAUACCAGGCACACACUACACAGCCACACACACACACAACAACGACAGUCACCACCACGGUCACCACAACAAACUCUACGAAAAAUAUGAGAGCCCAAAUUUGAGUGAGCUUGGUGAGGUAGUGCCAUCUGGGAGUGUGUCAGGGAUGGCACUUCAGGACACCCCCCCGGCAAACUCAGCUGUCACAUGGCACCACUUCUUCAAUGCUGGGCUGUAUGGCACCUCAGGACAGCAGAGGGUGCCUGAAGAACCAGCAGGAGGAGCAGCAGGAGGAGGAGCAGGAGGAGUGGUGGUAGCAGGAAGGCCAAGGGAACAUCUCCAGCACCACCACCACUCAUCACAACACCACCAGCACCACCAACAGCAUCACCAGCAAACAGCAAGUCACAAAAUUGGAGUAGCUGGCAGACCAUCUCUCAAAACACAACACCACCAGGACACACCAAAACGACCGACUUUCCUGCUACGCCCUCACCACCACCAACACCACCAGGAGCAACACCAGGAGGUCAAGAAGUACAGGUAUGGCCUCCGUCGUGGCCUCCCAGCUGGAAAUGUCAACAACAACAAGUAUGACAACUUUGAAAGCACUCUGGACAAACACAUGGCAAUCACCAACGACAUACACACCACACAGCAACACCACCAGCCACAGAAGGCCUGGUACUCCUACACCGCCCGGCCAGACACCUAUCAAUACCACCACACCACCACAACCACCACUAAGAGGCCAGAACGCGACAUAGACCCUUUUGGACCUCAAGAUGCAGUGACAAGUGUGUUUCGAAAUGAGUUACUUUAUGAGUUUGUGAGGGACAGGCAGGGUUAUGUGGAGGAGGAGGAGGAAGAGGAAGAGGGGGAGGUAGAGGAGGAAGAGGAGCAGGAAGGAAGGAGUGUAAGGUAGAAACUGGUAGCUAGAUUGUGAGUGGUUUUUGGUCAGUUGGUUGAUAAAUAAGAGAAGGAGGAGGAGGAGGAGGAGGAGGAGGAGGAGGAGGAGGAGGAGGAGGAGGUAGAGAAUGGUAGUUAGUGAAUGGUUUUUGAUGGUUAGUUGACUGGUAAAAAAGGAGGAGGAGAAGGAGGAGAAGGAGGAAGAGGAGGAAGACAAGGAGGAAGAGAAGUGUGAGGUCCUCCUCCUCC